CCGAAAUGCUUAGAUUACACCGUUGCACCCCCAUUACCAAACCUUCAGUACUAGUUUACGAAGCGGUUAGGAUGGUCACCAAUAAUAAAGAAACUGAAUCAAUCAACUACCGAUACGAGUAUUUUGCGGCAGUUUCUGCUACGCUAUCGCUGGUCGCAUCUGUAUCGGCAGCCGGAUGGUCAUCUCCAGCAAUUCCAGCGCUGCUUAGUCCACAAUCGCACAUCGAGGUGACAGCAGCCCAAGGAUCAUGGAUCGUUUCGAUUCUAUCGAUAGGAGGUUGUUUAGGAUCGGUCGUCAUGAGUCCGUUAGUGGAUCGUUAUGGUCGAAAAUACACAAUGAUCGUAUCGAUGAUCCCGCUGAUGUUGGGAUGGAUCAUGAUAGUGUUCGCUUCAAAUGUACCCACGAUAUACGUAGCACGUUUUCUUCAUGGAAUAUCGUAUGGAACGUCCUUGGCAGCUGCUCCAAUCUAUCUGGGAGAGAUAUCUUCUAAGAAUAUUCGUGGUUCCACAGGCGUUCUAGUAGCCGUUAUGGCUAAAUUGGCGUUUCUAUUGCAAUACAGUGUUGGGCCGUUUGUCAGUUUUCGCACAUUGGCUUGGAUAAAUUUCAGCAUUCCGAUCAUAUUUUUAGUAACAUUCUGCUGGGUGCCUGAGUCGCCGUACUAUUACCUUGCUCGUGGCAAUGACGAUGCCGCUGUGGAAAGUUUACGUUGGUUAAGAAGAUGCGACUUUAACAGCGAACGAUUUCGGCAAGAGUAUCAUCAAAUGCGAUCACUGAUUGAAAGGAAUCGACACGAACGAGCCUCGCUUACCGACCUUUUCACGAAACGUAAUCGAAAAAGUUUGGGAAUUAUUCUAUUGCUGUCCUUUGGGAUGCAACUAACCGGUAUCAACGCCAUUCUUGGAUAUGCUCAAACCAUUUUUUCGAAGCUGGAUAUGAACUUUUCAGCAGCAGAGUUGUCUAUCAUGUUGGGAGUAGUUCAGCUAAUGGCAGUUUUUGUUCCAACGUUUUUCGUCGACAGAGCUGGACGUCGACCAAUGUUGUUGUUUUCAAGUAUCGGCUCGUUCGUUGGAUUGGCGAUCUGCAGCAUCUAUUUCACAUUAGAUGCCAAGGGGUAUGAUGUGGAUGCUUUCAGCUGGGUGCCGUUCGUGGCUACUCUGGAAUUCAUCGUAUCGUAUGCGCUCGGCUUGGCAACUGUUCCUUUUGCGAUUCUGGGCGAAGUGUUCCCUAAAUCGAUCAAAGCCAAUGCAAAUUCAGUAUUUUCUGUGAUAACAUCGUUUAUAGUGUUUAUGGUUUUGAAAAUGUUUCAAGUCAUAUCGGAUGGAGCAGGGACGUACGUAGCAUUCUGGAUUUUUGCCAUUAGUACCGCUGGAACCACCGUGAUGAUAUACCUUCUAAUCCCGGAAACCAAAGGCAAAUCAUUCGAAGAAAUUCAAGAAAUGAUGCUGUAGGCUUUGGAAGCAUUAGUGCCGAUGCCCACGUAGUGUUUUUUCAACGCCACAUGUAAGCAGCGUGAGAAUGACGAAGGUGUGCAUCGGCGCGCCGACACUGCGUUCCGCCUUUUUUCCGAUGCACACUUGCGACCUUUGAACGCGGCUUGCACACACCGUUGAAAAGACGCUUCGUGGGCAUCGAGCCUUACGUCCGAUUCCCACGUAGCGGCUUAUUUAACACUGCGUUCAAUCGGGGUUAAAAAUGCUCAAGUGUGCAUCGGGAAAAAGCAGAAACGCAGUGUCGGCGCGCCGAUGCACACCUGCAUUAUUUUAACGCUGCGCACACGUGACAUUGUAAAGACGUUACGUGGACAUCGGGCCUUAAAAGUUUUUAUGUAUAGUCACAAAGUGCAUAUUGUACUGAUGUUCAACCGUGUCCGAUUGAUUAUAAAAUUAAUGUUGAUGAAGGUAAAA